GUUGACAUUAUAUAAUAAUCUAUCCGGAAAUUAAAAAAAAAAUUAAUUUGCGAUCAAAAAAGUAAGAAAUAAUAACUUUUUAAUUUUUUACUAUAAUUUACAAAACUCUAUGCUUUAAUAGUGAUAGAUUUAUUUACCAGAUGUAAGGCGUAAAAUGAAAUAACAGUCAUUUUCUGAACGCGGCGUGCACUGUGGUUCGAAAUUUACUUUGAACUUUUAACAAGGAAGCGUUUAUUGUGUUUCUAUCUUUCUUGUAAAUGUAAAUUAUAUUUAAAAAGUUCAAUUUACAUUUGACUCGGCAAAUUCACGUAUGUUAUUCAUGUGAACGCUUCCUAUCUUAAGGUAAUUGCGACACGAAAUAAAAUCGAUCCACAGUGUGUCAUAAAAAUAGCGAAAUAAGAACUAUAUACUCGAUAGUUGCACGUAUUAUUCGAGACAAGCGAUAUUCAGGUUGAUCAGUCGAUUUGAGUAAAACUUUCGAAUUUGUCUCCAUAAUUGAUCAACAAUAAUCUAGAUUCUAGUUAACAGAAUCGAUCUAACUUGUAUCACCUGCCACGCAGCUGUACGCAACACAAUGCAACGAUAUGAUGUUUAUGCUGUUGUUAAAUUAUCGUUUUUUGGCUGGACUAUGUGCAUUAGCGAAUCAUAGAAAGAGGAGAAAUCGUUUGCCAAUCCGAGUGCGAUGGUUUACACGUGCGAGCGUCAGAAAGGAUUUUACCAUGUAGUUUCACAGACAAGAAGAGAUGCUUUGAUAUGUUCAAAAUUCUAUUCAGUUUAGUGGAAUUCGAUGUUUUUGAUUGGACAUCUGUGUUUCUUUGAAAGGAACUCCAUAAAAAAAUAACAGCGUUAAAAUGUCCACGUUAAAAUUGAGUACGCAGGACAAAAAGGACUUGGACAAGUUCACCAAAUUUUUGGCAUUAAAGGCUGCACAAAUCAUUGUGCAGUCGAGGUCAGGUGAAAAGGUUAGCACAAAGUGCAAGCCAAAUUCAUCUGGAACAGAUUGGUUCAACCUUGCUAUCCAUGAUCUACCAGAAGUUUUGGCCGAAGCUAAAAGAGUAUUAUGUGGAGAAAUAGUAAAUUCAACCAUACCUCUUUGCAUCGAAAUCUCAUUAAGAACUGUUGAAGGUGAUACAAUGGUUUUAGAAACAUGGAGUUUGGGUGUAUUGCCAGAGCAUAGUGAUCCUACCGUAAGAGUAACAUAUACGGUAUAUAAUAGAAUGGGUAUUUUACUCAAAUCGUUAUUAUCUGUAUCAAGAAUUACUCCAGCUUAUAAAUUAAGUAGAAGGCAAGGUCCGGAUUCCUAUGUUAUUUGUUAUAGGAUUUAUAUGGGAGAACCCCAGCUACAUACACUAGGUGAUAAUUACAAACAUGUUAGGGUAGGUCAGUUGUGUACACCAGUGGGGACAAUUCAUUUAUCAGUAUCAUAUAGGACAAAAAUGACUAUAUCUCCUACUCAUACUGGUCGUGAUUCAAUAAUGUUAAAAAGUGAUCAUUUCCAUUCUGACUUGAGUCCUCGUCAUGCUAGGUAUCAACAAAGCGAAGAAACGUCGAAAUCGCUUAGUGAUACUAUCAAGGUUGGAGCAUUUGUAGUCAAUAAGCCUGUCACUGUUAACGAAGAUGAUUUUGUUAUACCAGAUGUACCUUUUAGCUCUUUGCUAACUCCUAGACAAACCUCACCUCCUCCAGUCUCAGUGGCUGAGACCACAAGUACAAAGACUGCAACAACAAUCAUUGCUACGGAUAGCAGCAAUGGAAACAAUGAAAGACUUACAAAUGAUAACACAACGUCAAAGUGUAACUCUCAAAAUGGAUCGAGAAGGAGUAGUUGUUCAAUGACCAGUGCCAACGAUGAUUUUAUUAUGGUAGAUUUGAAGACUCCCUUCGCAAUAACAAACACCAAUAGCGAUUUAGGAGCAUUUUAUCGUGAGUGUCAAAGUGCACCCCAGCUUCAAGCUUUUAUGGAGGAAAGAACACUUGCAGAACAAGUAGGAGAUCUCACGAAACAGUUGGAAACAUUUGAAACAAAUAUGCGGCGGUAUGAGGAUAUUCUGUCGUCAUUAUGUCAAACAGAAAAUAAUAACUAAUAUCGAAAUCAAUGCAAUGUUAGGUGCUUCAACGAGAAAUGUUAAUAUAUACAACCAGCAUAUAGUGUCUCGUCAUAGAUUUAUGCGAUUCUCAUUACACGUAUCACAAUAUUUCAGCAAGAGCAUUUCAAUAAAAUUUUUAGCCAAAUGCUAUCACUGCUUGUGAUCACUUAUGAAAAAAAUUGGAUUUAAUACAAGAUUUAUCUAUAACGUAUAAAAAUAAAAAUAGUUCAUCUGUAUUGCCAAUGUAUGUAAUUUGGUAUGUGUGAUUUAUUGAUGUACAAUUUUUUUCUACAAUUUCUUUUUUUUUAUUAGUUCCUUUUAUCACUCCACCAAUAAUCAAAACAUUUUUAUUCAAAAUUAUUUUAAUUUACUUUUAUCGCAUAAAAACUAUAUUCUCAAAUUUAUUGUAAAUUAAGUGUAUUUUAUCUGUUGAGCGACUUAUUAAUAAUGCGAAUUGAUAAGCAGCGUAAAUGAUAAUUAGUUAAUAUAUUUUGAAACUUUAAUUUAUUGCUUGUACAUAGUGUAAAUUGUAUUUUAGUGUUAUAAUAUUGAUUGAUGACUAAGAAAGGAUUGUAUAACUUUUUCAUGUUUUAUUAUUCCAAUCACUUAAUAAAUCAGGCUGUGCUUGCAA